AGAGAGAGAGAGAGAGAAGGAGGGGAAGGAGGAGCCAGCAGUGGGCCGGGCUGGGGGUAGGGAAACAAAGUGAAACUCCCUAAAGUUGCUCAAAGCGUGGAAGGCCUGGCCCAGGGAGGAGAAUUUGGCGGUUUUCCCCCUAAGCUCCCAGGCUUCUGCGUCCCGGGCCAGCUGGGCUGCUGCCAGCGGCUUCCUCUUAGGGGAGCAAGCGGGGGCAGCACCCGAGACUGGCCAGCUCGGGGACUCCGGUCCCGGCGCUCGGGCCGGGUGGCUGGCAGCACCCGGGGAAGCUGGAGGUACUUGGGGACUGUGGCGCUCCUCUGCUGCCUCCUCCUCGGAGCCUCGCAGUCCCCUCCUCGCCUAUGAGUAGAGCCCCCCCAUGGCACUGAGCAAAGGGCUGCGGCUGCUCCGGAGGCUGGAGCCCCCAGGGGAGAGCAGCAUCCUGCUGGAGGCCCGCGGCCGCCACGACUGUCUGCUCUUCGAGGCCGGCACCGUGGCCACGCUCACUCCAGAAGAAAAGGAGGUAAUUAAAGGACAGUAUGGGAAGCUCAUAGAUGCUUACGGCUGCUUGGGCGAGCUCAGGUUAAUAUCUGGUGGUACACAACUGAGCUUCCUGGUCUUGGUGACAGGCUGUACAUCAGUGGGAAGAAUUCUUGAUGCUGAGAUCUAUAAAAUCACCACAAUCGACUUCUGUCCACUCCAGGAAGAUGUCAAGGAAGAAGACCGUCUCACUGCCCUGAAAAAAAUUCUCAACUCUGGGAUGUUCUAUUUCUCCUGGCCCAAUGCUGGCUCCAAUUUUGACCUGACUGUCCGAGCUCAAAAGCAGGGUGAUGACGAUUAUGAGUUGGGAAAUUCCUUUUUCUGGAACCAACUGUUACAUGUGCCCUUGAAACACUACCAGGUGAACUGCUCUGAUUGGCUGUUGAAGGUGAUCUGUGGAGUGGUGGCCAUCCGCACUGUGUAUGCCUCCCAUAAACAAGCCAAAGCUUGCCUCAUCUCUCGGAUCAGCUGCGAACGAGCUGGUGCCCGGUUUCACAUCAGGGGAGUGAAUGAUGAUGGACAUGUGUCUAAUUUUGUCGAGACAGAGCAGACAAUUUACAUGGAUGAUGGCGUGUCGUCUUUUGUCCAGAUCAGAGGCUCAGUUCCAUUGUUUUGGGAGCAACCAGGACUUCAGGUCGGGUCUCAUCAUCUGAAACUUAAUCGAGGUCUAGAAGCAAAUGCCCCUGCUUUUGACAGGCAUAUGAUGCUUCUGAAAGAGCAGUAUGGAAAGCAAGUGAUCGUUAACCUGUUGGGAAGCAGAGGAGGAGAGGAGGUGCUCAACAGAGCCUUCAAGAAGUUGCUUUGGGCCUCUUUCCAUGCUGGAGACACACCUAUGAUAAAUUUUGACUUCCAUCAGUUGGCCAAAGGAGGGAAAAUAGAAAAACUGGAGAACCUUUUGAGGCCCCAGUUAAAGUUGCACUGGGAUGAAUUUGACGUUUUUGCCAAGGGCAAGAAUGUAAGUCCCCGUUUCCAGAAAGGUACCUUGCGAAUGAACUGUCUGGACUGCUUGGAUCGAACAAACACUGUACAGUGCUUUAUAGCCCUUGAGGUUCUUCUCUUACAAUUGGAGAGCCUGGGACUGAAUUCAAAGCCAGUCAUUGAGCGCUUUGUGGAGUCAUACAAAGCCAUGUGGUCUCUUAAUGGUCACAACCUGAGCAAAGUCUUUACAGGCAGCCGGGCCCUGGAAGGCAAGGCCAAGGUCGGGAAGCUCAAGGACGGGGCUCGGUCUGUGUCUAGAACCAUCCAGUCCAAUUUCUUUGAUGGGGUAAAGCAAGAAGCCAUCAAACUGCUGCUGGUUGGUGAUGUCUACAAGGAUGAGUAUGCUGAGAAAGGGAGGAUGCUUAUGGACAGCACAGCCCUUUUAGUGACUCCAAGGAUCUUAAAAGCCAUGUCAGAACGGCAGUCAGAAUUCACCAAUUUCAAACGAAUUCGGAUUGCCAUGGGAACCUGGAAUGUAAAUGGAGGAAAACAAUUCAGAAGUAAUCUUCUGGGCACUGGAGAAUUAACUGACUGGCUGCUGGAUUCUCCCAAACUUUCAGGGGCUACUGAAUUUCAAGAUGACAGCAGCCCAGCUGACAUAUUUGCAGUGGGAUUUGAAGAGAUGGUAGAAUUGAGUGCAGGAAAUAUUGUCAAUGCUAGCACUACCAAUAGAAAAAUGUGGGGAGAGCAACUUCAGAAGGCUAUCUCAAGGUCUCAUAGGUACAUUCUGUUGACUUCUGCUCAGCUUGUAGGCGUCUGCCUUUAUAUCUUUGUACGCCCUUACCAUGUUCCAUUUAUCAGGGAUGUAGCAAUUGAUACAGUGAAGACCGGCAUGGGAGGAAAAGCUGGGAACAAAGGCGCCGUUGGCAUCCGAUUUCAGUUCCACAGCACUAGCUUCUGUUUUAUUUGUAGUCAUUUGACUGCUGGACAGUCACAGGUGAAAGAAAGGAAUGAAGACUAUAAAGAGAUUACACAGAAGCUCAGUUUCCCCAUGGGAAGAAGUGUCUUUUCUCAUGACUAUGUAUUCUGGUGUGGAGAUUUCAAUUAUCGAAUUGAUCUUACUUAUGAAGAAGUCUUCUAUUUUGUUAAACGACAAGACUGGAAGAAACUUUUAGAAUUUGAUCAGCUACAGCUGCAGAAAUCCAGCGGAAAAAUUUUUAAGGAUUUUCAUGAAGGUACCAUUAAUUUUGGACCCACGUACAAAUAUGAUGUUGGCUCAGAAGCUUAUGAUACAAGUGAUAAGUGUCGUACCCCAGCCUGGACUGACAGGGUGCUAUGGUGGAGGAAGAAACAUCCUCUUGAUAAAACAGCGGGAGAACUCAACCUUCUAGACAACGAUUUAAACGUUGACAUGAAAAUCAAGCACACCUGGUCUCCUGGUGCUCUUAUGUACUAUGGUCGAGCAGAACUUCAGGCUUCUGAUCACAGGCCCGUGUUGGCUGUUGUGGAAGUGGAAGUCCAAGAAGUGGAUGUAGAUGCUCGGGAGAGAGUCUUCCAGGAAGUGUCAUCUUUCCAAGGACCCCUGGAUGCUACAGUAGUAGUAAACUUACAGUCACCAACCCUAGAAGAAAAAAAUGAGUUCCCUGAGGAUUUGCGGGCCGAGCUUAUGCAAACCUUAGGGAAUUAUGGGACCAUAAUUCUUGUCAGGAUCAAUCAAGGGCAAAUGUUGGUGACUUUUGCAGAUAGCCGGUCAGCUCUUAAUGUCUUAGAUGUGGAUGGUAUGAAGGUAAAAGGAAGGGCAGUGAAGAUCAGACCAAAAACAAAGGAUUGGCUAAAAGGUCUUCAAGAAGAAAUUGUCCGGAAACGAGAUAGCAUUGUAUCUAUGUCCCCCACGGCCAACUCCUGUCUGUUAGAAGAAAACUUUGAUUUCUCCAGUUUGGACUAUGAAUCAGAAGGAGACAUUCUUGAUGAGGAUGAGGACUAUUUGAUUGAAGAACAACAGCCCACUUUCCUCACUGACACAGAAUUGUCAGGGGAUGAUUAUUUGGAAGCCUCAGGCUAUUCUACAGCAGGAGCACCUCCCAGCAAAUCUCCAGCGUUGACUAAAAAGAAAUCUCGCCCAUACAAAGAUGAUGCCGACCUGGCAGAGUUAAAGCAGGAGCUGGAAGCUGUUGGGGACUUCCGCCAUCGUUCUCCAAGCAGGUCUCUGUCUGUUCCUAACAGGCCUCGGCCACCUCACCCACCACAGAGACCCCCCCCUCCAACUGGUUUAAUGGUGAAAAAGUCUGCUUCUGAUGCAUCUAUUUCCUGUGGCACUCAUGGGCAAUAUUCCAUCUUACAGACAGCUAAACUUCUUCCAGGAGCACCUCAGCAGCCACCAAAAGCCAGGACUGGGAUAAGUAAACCAUAUAAUGUCAAACAGAUCAAAACUACUAAUGCUCAAGAAGCUGAGGAAGCCAUUCGGUGCCUCAUGGAAGCAAAAGGAGGAACACAGGAAGAGGCACUAAAUGCAGUUUUCUUAAGGAAUCAAGUGUCCACCAAACCAGAGCCCUUAUCUACUGGACCCAAAUCAGGACCUUCUCAGACAAGUCAGCUCCUCCCUCAUCGACCUGCACCCAGAGUUCCUGUGAUAAAAAAGCCAACACUUCGAAGAACAGGAAAACCUUUAUCCCCAGAAGAGCAGUUUGAGCAACAAGUCAUCCAGUUUACCAUUGGGUCCCCAGAGCCUGCUGUUGAAAGCCCCACUCUAGCGGUGCCCUCCAAGGUUGCUCCUGUCCCCAAACCACGAACAUUACAGCCUGGGAGAGCUGCUGAGAGAAGACUGAGCAGUGAAGUACAAGUUUCAGCUGAAGGGGAGGCCGCCAGGCCACCACCACCUUCGGAAACCGCUUCCCUUGUGCCCAAGGUCCCCCCCAGGAGGAAGAAGUCGGCCCCAGCUGCUUUUCAUCUCCAGGUCUUGCAGGGCAACAAUUUGCUCUUCCAGGAUGUGACUUGCUGUGGCACUAACAACAAUAACAACCACUACCAUCCCUCCCGGGAUGGCGACCGGCCCGAGUCGGGCCUCCUUGCUUCCCAAGCAGACCUUCUUAGUACUUCACCAGCGCCCAGCAUCCAUGCUGACAAUACAAAGGCAGUGAAGACCGAGGCGUCCUCCCUUCUUGGUGAGCAUCAGGAUCCCUUCCUGAGCCUCCUCCAUCACCCCAAGAUAUUGAACACCGGCUGGUUUACUAAGAACACAGAGCCUUUGGGCCCAGUGACCCCGAAUAUGGAAAGGGAAUUCUCCAGCCCAGCACAAAUGAGUGCUCCAGCAUCUAGGGUGGGACCUUUACCAGCCCAUGGGCACAAAGACUUUGGAAACUGGGUUAUGUUCAGUGAUGAGGAAGACAAGAGGACAGCAUUACAGCUGUUUGAUCCACUGGCAAAAACAUGACAAAAAGACCUUUACAGACACUGCCUUGUAAAGUUGUGUGUCCAAUUCCCUCUCAACAUAUCAUUCAUUGUAAAUCUUAUCAAUAAGAAAUUCCCUCUAUGUAAAAUGGGGCCUUUUUCCUCUUCUGUUUUAACAGGACGUUGGAGAAAAUAGAAGUAUUCUUUUGUUUGGUCUUGUACAAAAUAGUUUUAUCUUUCAUCAGUAGGAACAAUGUCAUUCUUCCACCUUAGCUUCUGAGAAAAUGCUUUGUUACAGGUUUGAGCAUGUCAGGUUCUUUUUCUCUUCAUGGACCUGCCUCUUUUCUCACCUUUGACCUACCCCACCCCCCAAAAAAGAAAAAAGUUUCAUUGUGUGUUUUUUUUAAGGGAAAACUGCAAAUCUAAUGGGUAUUUUGCCCCAGGAUACGAUUUCUGUUCUUGAAUUUGCACUGCAUGUUACAAGUCACAAGUUAAGUAUGUUUUCUGUAUGAUCUAGCUGACGUAUUGUUACUACCAUAGAUUGCUCACCAGUACCUUUCAACUGGCCUUGCUUUAACUGUCAGUCUUCAGUCAGCUAAUUGGCUGAAAAGCCCUGAGACCAAAGUGGUUGAAAACGUAUGGAAGAGGUAAGCAAAAGUGAACCAAAUGCCCAGUGCUUUCCCUUGGGCCCCGUGUCAUAAGAUUCUUGUCCACGUGCAUAGGAACAUAGAUUUAUAUUGAGCCUAUGUCUGGUAUUUAAACACUAACUCAAACUGACUACGUGAAGCAGAUCCCUUAAACUGCUACAGAUCCUUGGCCUGUGAAGUUUUUAAAUUGUGUCUUAUACUAUGUAACUAGUAAGCCACAUAAAACCUCACUAACCUUUUUCUCAUAUAUUCCACACAAGGAUAAGCACAAGAUGAGUUGUUUUUGUUUAGUGAAUACGCACAACUGAGAGUCCACGUUAUUCUGACCUUUCUAUCCACAGUUUUCCAGAGAGGCAGAACCACAUGUCACACCAUUAAAUAAUCCCUAAGACAUAAUGUCUUUGUUCUUUUAGGUAGGCUUUUUGUGUGUGAGUGUGUUCUAGCUUUUUUUCCCCUCCAGUUCUAAAAUCACAUUGAUUUCUGGCUCUCUCCAAUGUGUGGUAGGGGAGGGUUUCCAUUUUUAAAAUUGUUAGGUCUGAGUGGCUCUGCUUAUCGCUUGGAGCUGAUCAGAUUUUCCUCAUGUAGAAUCUAUUAUUGAUCACCUAAGGAAAAUAAGAGGAAGAACUGUAAUCACAUAUGUGUACAGAGAUAAAUGAAUACCACUUGUUUACUCAGGCUCAGCCUAGAUGACCAAUGUUUCUUCACAGAUAAGGUUAAACUUUACUUUAGAAAUGGCAUAGGAAUAAGACACAGGAUGGAAUAGACAGCACCAGUUGCUAGUAAUCUUGUUCUCUAACACUAUUGAGUUUUCCAAAGUUCUUAAUGUUAAUUCAUUUUAAUUUUUGAAGAUAAACAUGGUGUUAAACUACUUUUAGGAGUUAUGAGGAAUAGCUUCAAACGCAACAUCAUCAGUGUGUUCUCAUAAAUUUGAAUAUUUUGACUUCAAGACAGGUUCCAAAGCUGGUAGGUAGGGUGUUAAUACAAGAGAAUAAAACAAUACUACAGUAGCCUAUUUAAAUUUUAGCAGAAAAUUUUGGCCCUUUGAGAUGCUUUGAAUAUUUAUAAUCAUUCUUCUAUAUCAUCUACAGAACCAGGGUUCAAGGGAUGGCCAAGAAUGUCCCUUCUAUCCAUAUCUUUAAGGAGGAGUUCCCCUUUUCUGUGGCCCCUUUUUUAAAUACUUGGUUGUGGUGAGGUUGAUUGAUUAGGACUAGGCUAAUUAUAAUCAAGUUAUUUUACUUCUUACCACACUGCUGGACUCUUAAUUCUGAGAUAGCUCUCUUGUAACACCCAGUUAAUUAAUACCAGCCUUCCCUGAAAAAGACAUGUCUUGUAUCUUGAGUCAGUUUUUACAAAUUUUUUCUUUUGAGGCAAUUGGGGUUAAGUGACUUGCCCAGGGUCACACAGCUAGGAAGUGUUAAGUGUCAGAGCCCAGAUUUGAACUCAGAUCCUCCUGACUUCAGAACUGGUGCUGUAUUCAUUGCACCACUUAGGAUGCACCACUUAGAACUAUAGGAUGGAUACCCUUGAAUCUGUUUUUAGAUGAAAUGAUAUGUUAGGAACCCCAGCUUAUUAAAUAACCGUAUGGAAGUUGAAAAAAGCAAUCUUAGUGCACUUCCUCACGUGAUUCUUACAAGCUUCUGAUGUGAAGCAGACAAACUACCUGUGAAUUAUCCCCAUUUGAUACCAAUGAGAUUGAAGCUAAGAGGCUAAAUCAUCUCAGGACAAGUAAAGGCUUGAAGCAUAAUCCACAUUUUCUGAGUCAUGGCUCAAUGUUCUUUCCAAGAAGUGAACCACCUUUCAGUUCAGCAAACUGCUAAGGAAAAACUGGGAAGGAAAAAUGAGUUAAGUUUGGAAGAAGCUGAAUAUAUAUGGUUGGUUGAUUUUUUUUUUUUUUUUUUUUGUUACCUGGAAAUGAAGGAAAUUAUUAUUUUUUUUUUGCUAGAAUAGCAGAUGGUACUGACCGGUGAAAAGAAAAAAGAAAUUGUAUAUGUGUUAGCAGGGAGUAGACAGAUUAUUAUACAGAAAGAAGGUAUCCAUCCUAUAGUUUAAUUUUUUAAUUGGUA